GUUGUUUUAAGGUUUUAGUUCAGUUUUAUUUUUAGGCCAACAAUGUCCAGAAAACUGUUUUUAUCAUUGGUAAUCUCUAUAAUUCAAUUAAAUCCAGCCACGGGCUAUAAAAAUGUACAUCAUUUGGAAAGUGCAGAAAAGUUCACAUUUGAUCCAAAUGGGGGUCUCGAAUUACAAACAUUUUGCUAUAAAGGUCGAAAGAAAUCUAUAAUUUACACAUGGCAGAGUGUAAUGUUUCACUUGGACCAUCCUAAUGAUGACUACACAUUAUAUGAAGGAUCCUCUCCAGAAGAUGUGGCUCUAGAAUAUUCUAAAAACAGGUUUUAUUGGUCAACCAGCUUAUUUCCAGUUAAACAGAAAAGUUUUAAGAUUAAUCCUUUUAAUUCAACCUGUAUUGGGGUAAAGAGCAGUGCAAGAUACACUGUUAAAUUUAAUGUUAUCAAUAUUGAUUUUUGGAAAAUAAUAUUGUUAGGACUUGGCCUCUUUGUAUACCUUUCGGCAGAUACUUUAAGCAAAAACACUUUUUUCCACUACAUAACUGGAAUUGUCUUCGGUAUAUGUGCAUCAGUCCUGGUGUUAAUUUAUGUUAUAAGCAAAGUAUUCCCUAAGAAACCUUUUAUGUAUGGAGUAGUUGGUAUGGGCUGGACUCUUGUAAUAUACAUGUGGAAGUUGUUAUGGGAAAAUAUUCAAGUUAUUUUGACAGACUACAAGUUUUAUGUUAUGUGGUACAUAUUGAUUUCAGGGUUUAUUAGUUUUGUAUUGUGCUAUAGAUGGGGUCCCGUCGAGAACGAGCGAACAAUUAACUUAAUAAAAUGGCUCCUUCAGUUUGCAGGACUUUGUUCCAUUUAUAAUAGCAGCGAUUACCCAGAAGCUGCUAUGGCCCAAAUAGUGAUAUUACUUAUUGGCCACCAUUUGCCUCAAAAGUGGAAAAUGGCUCCCAGGACUUACUGGAAAAGAAAAUUUCCACCAAAAAGAAAACUACUCACAAAUGAUGAAUACUAUCACCAAGGAGUUGUGGAAACAGCUAAAGCUUUGGAAUCCUUGAGGGACUAUUGUUCAAGCCCAGACUGCAAUCAAUGGAAGACAGUGCUAAAGCUAAAAGAUGUGAAGAGGUUUGCUUCAUUCGUCGAGGGUAAUUCUCAUUUAAGUGACGAUGAAGUUUUAGAGUAUGACUCGUUUGUCCAAGAGCUGACCGACGAUGAAGAACGAGAGGAUAUGACUGAAGAGGAAGAAGAAGAUUAUUAAGGAUCUGUAUGUAAGCUGUAUUAAGUAUGAGAGAUUAAAACACUUUUCCCAAUCUGAAGAAUCUUUAAUAAGGUCUGAAUGUUUUUUAAUUAAUAAAUUAUUUUUUCUACA